AUGUCCGACGCCGCCCCCGCCCUUCUGAUCAUCUUGAUCACAAUCUUGCUUCCUCCAGUCGGUGUCUUCAUGGUCGCUGGAUGUGGCGUCGAUCUGUUUGUCAACAUCUGCCUCACCCUCCUUGGGUACAUUCCAGGCCACAUCCACGCCUUCUACCUCGAAUACGUCUACUUCGACCGCCGUGACCGCGCGAGACAUGGACAACUCACGGGUCGUCCAGCGCCUGGUGUCUACUCGGACCGUGUGCAGAGCGGUGGAGUUCAGGGCUAUGGGACUAUCUAG